AUGGGAGAAUCCUCUAGAUCCACGGAAAGACAGGAUACUAGUACGCUGCUCACCAGCCCUAAGAUGAGAGGGCAGUCGAGUAAGUUCUCCACCUAUACACCCCUAAAUGUACUGCAUUCUGAAGUACUGAUGCAAAGAAGGAAGAAGGCCUAUAUCUUGUGGCCUGAACCUAUGCGAACCCCUUUACAUAGACGAAACAUGUCCAAGUUUUAUCAAUUCCACAGGGAUCAUGAGCACGAUACAGAGGAAUGUAUUCAAAUGAAGAAUAAGAUUGAAGCCUUGAUAAAAAGGGGAUACCUAUCAAGGUUUAUAAAAAAAGAAGUUCCACAAAGGGAACCUCACGAGCAGAGGAGACCCAACGGGAACAAGAAGGAAGAACGGGUCAGAGGGAAAAUCGUGGUGAUCUUUGGAGGAUCCGCUAGCGGAGGAGAUAGCGGAGGUGCUCGCAAAAGGUAUGCUAAACAGGUGCUCUCAACAGAGAGAGGGGAACCAAGUAGCAAUAGGAAAAAACAAAAUGAUGAUAUCAUCUUUGAUAGCGGAGGCGAAGGAGUACAACAACCACAUGACGACACACCAGUACUCUCCCUAUUGGUAGCAAAUUACAAAGUUAGACGCAUAUUGAUAGAUAACGGGAGCUCAGCAAAUGUUAUGUUCUGUUCAAGCUAUAACAUCGACGUACCACCUCAAGAUGAAAUUCCCUAUGCUGCACAGGACAUGGGUGGUCAAGGGAGAUCAAGCAGUAUCUUGGAACUUCUACGCCAUAGCGCUAAAAGGGAAGAUGGAGGCAAGAGAAACCUUAAAUGUGGAAGAUCUAGAAGUAAGGGGGCAAUAUUCCCAAAUCAGCACAGUGGAUGA